AUAAACUAAAGUGCAAAAAUGUGUAUAUUCGUAUAAAUAUUAUUAUUAUUUGUUUUAACUUUUCACAAUGGAUAAAUUAACACUGAUAUCAGGCACCUUGUUCAUGGCAGCAGAUGUCUUUGCAAUUGUUAGUUUAGCAAUGCCAGAUUGGAUAACUACAGAUGUAGGAGGGGAUACAAGAUUAGGUCUAAUGUGGACCUGUAUGACCUUGUACAAUAGACCUCAAGUAUGUUAUACUCCCGAUUUGCAACCAGAAUGGCUGAUGGCACUUAUUUGUAUCUUUAUCGGUUGUAUUUGUAUAACGACCACGAUUAUUUUGUUGGCUUCCAGUCAUUGGGAUAGAAAUGUUGUUCCUUAUGCACGAUGGGUUGGAUUUACAGCAAUGGUUCUAUUUUGCCUAGCCGCUGUGAUAUUUCCAAUGGGUUUCCAUGUCGAUGAAAUAGGAGGACAACCGUAUCAAUUACCAAGCUCUCAUCAAGUCGGUAUAAGUUAUAUUUUAUUUGUUUUAGCUCUCUGGAUUACUGUGAUAUCUGAAUUGUUCGCCGGAAAAGUAUGUUUGCCACAUUUUUAA